CAGGUCAGUGAGUGACUAUUUAUUUGAGUAACUGUUCGGUAACCGUCUCCGCGCGUGGCUGCAAGAUGAGUGUCAACUUCGUAGACUACUUCGCCAAUGAGCACAAUGGAUACGACAUUUUAUAUCAAAACAUGAAAUACGGACUAAUAGCGAGUAAAGAAUUUUCCGAGUACCUAAGAGAGAGAUCUAAUGUCGAGGAAACGAACUCGAAACUGUUAGCCAAAUUAGCUAAACAAGCCAACAGCAACUGCGCGCAGGGCACGUUCGCGCCUUUCUGGGGUGUGCUGAAGUGCUCGGCGGAGAAGCUGUCGAGCCUGCACCAGCACAUGUUCCAGAAGGUCACGGAGCUGGUCAAGGAUGUGGCGCGCUACGCCGACGACCUCCACAAGAAACACAAGGCCGUCAAAGACUCGGAGUCGAGCACCCUCGAGGCAGUGCUCCUCAUACAGAGCACCAAACAGGCAUUACAAAAAGCUAAAGAUGUGUACACAACCAAAUCUACUGAACUAGAGAAACUAAGGAAAGAUAAUGCAUCUACAAAAGACACUGAGAAGGCUGAGGUCAAGCUAAAGAAGCUUCAUGAAGACUACAGACAGCUGGCUGAGAAAUACAACCUAGUGAAGCAAGACUUUGAGAGGAAAAUGACUCAAACCUGCAAACAUUUCCAAGAUGUGGAGGAAGCUCAUCUCAAACAGAUGAAGCAGUUUGUGGGCUGCUACGCGGAGCUCAUCCAGAGCAGCCAUGACCUCAUGGGGCAGGUGCACAGAGACUUCAAACACCAAUGUCUGGAACUAACGGUAGAAAAGCUUCUGGAGCAAUUUCUAAUUGAGAAGUACACUGCUAUGGAAAAAGCUAAUCUAAUAGACCUCCCUACAUCAUUACCUAAACCAGGUUCAGCAAAUAACUCAAUAUCUGAAGCAGACCAAAUCUCAACAGUCUCAAAUGGCUCACACAAACCUGCCCCAGCUGCCAAGGCUCCUAAAAAAGAGUCACAAUCCUUUACUAGCAAAACAUCAAGAAGAACAACUUCCCUGUUAAAUUUAUUCACUCCAAACUUUCAAAGCAAAGAUGAGCCGAGCAGCAGCAUGGAAGGUGGAGCCCCAUGCUCUGCCCCCUCCAGCCCUAGUGGAACACCCGUCACUCCAGUGGCUCCAGAUAAAGAUGAUAACAUUGGGCGCAGCACCACACUCCGUGAGUCCAAGUGGUUCAUGAGGAGCAAAAGAACAAAAACUAAAUUGAAAAAAUCUAAAAAGAAGAAAGAUGAAAUAUCAGAGAAUUCUAAUGCUGGAGAGAAAUCAGAUUUGGAAGAAAAAGAAGAGGAAGCAUUGACUAAAGAGGAACUGAUGAACUCUCCAGAAGUAGAUGAGGAAGGAUAUUGCAUCAGACCAAAAGAUGAAAAGGGAAGUGUCUACUCAUCAUCUGACUCAGACUCUGAAGAGGAAAGGGAACAAAAAAUUCAUGUAGAGAUCAAGCCAAUAAGCAAUGGCACUUCUGCAAAAUCAGCAAGUGUUGAUGAGCUCAGAGCUACUGUUGAAAACAUUUCACUGUACAAAAUCGGAACAACUGCGAGGCGAGGUUCCAAUGCUAACACUAGCAAAGCCAGUACGGAUUUAUUAGAUUUCUUCAACCAAAGUCCUAAUGUCAGUAACCCCGCGUCCCCUCUCGGCAACGCCGCCAAUCCGUACUCGCCCCUGCAACCGAACCAGUCCCAGUUCCUCGAGAGUCCCCCUCCUGUCGCCACAGCUGAUAUGGGAGACCUAUUUUCGGAAGUGGGUGAGAUGUCUCAGACCAACAUGCGCACGUCGACGCCGACGGUGGCGUCGUCCAUCUCCGUGCCGCGGCCGCCCUCGCGCCGCUCCGAGGACAGCUUCCGCACGGCAGGCGCCGGCGGCUCGCGCGGGCCCUCGCCGCUCACCAUCGGCAUGGCCGACACCAUACCCCUCGCCGUCGCCUUCCACGAAAUCAUACACUCCUACUUCAGGGGCACUGACGAAAACAAAUGCCAGGUGAAAAUGUCCGGCGACAUGAUGCUCUCCUUCCCCACGGGCAUCGUGGGCGUGCUGGCCAACAACCCCAACCCCGCCAAGCUCUGCUUCCGAUUAAAAAACAUACACCGACUAGAGAACGUGAUACCGAACAAGCAGCUGAUCACCAUCAACACGAUGCUUUCGACGCGCGACAACACCGUGGUGGAGUUCAACAUGCCGGCGCUGACGGCGCUGCUGCGGCGCCAGGCCGACAAGAACCCGUCGGCCGCCUACUUCAACGUGGACAUCCUCAAGUACCAGAUCAGGCCGAAGACGGGCGCCGCGUCGUGCCCCUUCCAGCUGGUGUCUUACUGGAAGUGCGAGCGCGACCACACGGACCUGAAGGUGGACUACAAGUACAACCUGCACUCGAUGAGCGCGCCGUCGCCGCUGCUGAACGUGUCGGUGGUGGUGCCGGUGAGCGGCGGCGUGGGCUCCGUACUGGCCAUGCCGAGCGCGGCGUGGGGCGCGGACACGGGGCUGGCCGUGUGGCGCUUCACGGAGCUGUCGCAGCACUCGGAGGACCGCGGCGUGGGCUCGCUCAAGGCGCGCUUCGAGCUGUCCCGCGGCCCGUCGGCCAAGGCCACCAUCUCGGCGCAGUUCAACUGCGAGGGCGCCACGCUGUCGGGCAUCGAGUUCGAGCUGGUGGGCAGCGGCUACCGCCUGUCUCUCGUCAAGAGACGCUUCGUCUCCGGAAAAUAUAUUUGUGAUAGUGAAGUGCACUGAACGGUCCAAACCCUUAUGAAUUUAGCCGCGCGUUGUAUAUAAUCCGUCGUAUAUUCGUUUAUAUGCGUACGUACUCGUCGUUUGAGUAUGAAAUGCGGGAGCUGUGUAUAUUAUUAUGUUUGGUACCUUAUAUCCUAGGACUGUUUCCUGUCCACCAUAUUUUAGUGUUUAGGUUUUGUAUAUUUUCAAAACAUCGUGUUUAGUUUAACAUUUCUUUAUUUGGAAAUAAUGUUAUUAUCUAGUUACUAACUUAUUUUCCAGAUAGACAUGUGCCAUUUGUUUUGAGAAUUAUUUGUUUUGUAGAAUACUAUUCUCGUUACAGUAUGUGGUACGUAUUGAGUAUGUGUAUACCUAUUACCUACUGUUUAACGUGAGUAAGGUAUUGGAUACUUUUGCCGUUAGUGUUAUCUGGGAAAUAUAAGAGGUCAUAUUAACCAUCAAAAUUUGCAACUCUAGUAAAUUAUAAUACAGUUGACGAGCAUCCUAAACCAGUGAGGAUAGAUUGCCUUAAAGUAUUUUUAUGUUUACUCACAUCACACAAAUUUUAAAGAUGUAAUAUAUUGCAUAAAUUUUGAAGUAAUGAAUAAUGUAUUGUAUAUUUUAAUUGUGCUAGCUUGUAUGUUAUUAAUUCGUAUAAUCCUACCCCAAUAAUAGCUUUAAUAUUACCUACCUAUUCAAUUGUUUAAACAUUAUUUUAAAAUACAUUUAUAAAUAAAAUGUUCUUGCUGUUAGCUUCCUUUCGCAUUUAAUGUUAAUAUUCUCAAAGUUUCAUCAAUAAUAGUGAAUAUUCUAUGCUGAGAAUGUAUGGCCUAAAAACUGUAUUUAAAAAAAAUAGUAAUGAACAAAUCAUAGCCACAAGUAGGGUUUCCUAAUUGAUAUAUAAGACCAUCAAAUAACCAAUGGCUAAAUAUUAUCAUUUUAAUAAUUUUAAUCUUAUUUUUUACUUAUUAAGUCAAAAAAUAUGGAUAUGGAUACCCAUAUAGGAUUUUCGUUUUCUGUACGUUAUUUUCAACUCUUAUAUAAUUAUGUACGACUUGUUUGUAUCUUAACGAAUCUCUAAAUGAUUUUAAUUUAUUUCGAAUUGUACAAAAAAGUAUAUAUCUACUUUGUAUCGUUUUUUUAUGUACACAUACAGCAUUUAGAAACAAUGUUCUCGUCCAUCGCCAGUAUAUUUAUGUAUAUCCUUCUUGUAGAUAAAAUAUAAAGGAUUCAAUUCAUAUAUAAUAUAAUGUGCUACUUGCAGGGUUUAAACUUAUAAAGUUAGUUGUUAUGUUCAUGUCUUGACUCAUACGCAAUCUCAUAGAAAUUAUUUGUUUAUUUAAACAAGCUUAUUAUAGUUACAUCUACAUAGCUCGACAUCUAACUUUUUCACUUUGCCCAAAGUGUUCACAUUUAAACGUACAGAAUAAUACUACUAUAUUUUCGUAUGUCUAAAACAUAAUUUCAUCGAAACCUAAUUCUAGUACAACAGAACCAUUCCAUUAUUUUGAAAGUUACUGUAUCUCUAUCUAGUAUUAAUAUUAUGUACUGUAUUACGUUAACACAUGCUUAUUUUUCGAUUGAUCGAUACGGCAGUAUUCGUAAACAAAUAUGUAAAUCUAUUCUAGUUUACCAUUGAAAUUGAAAUUACCUAGUAUCGACUUACAAAUCGAAAUGAGAAGUCUAAAGCGCGAAAUAUUUUUGUAUCCAAAAUUUAUCGCAUGUAAAAUUCUAUACUGUAUCUUCUAUUAUUAUACAAUUAAUUUGAAAUAAAUUGUAAUUUUAGCAUUA